GGCCAAGGGCGGGAUCCACUUAUUCACGCGUAGAUGAAUGACCAGCUCCCCGCCCCUCCUGUGGGAGGCGCUUCCUCUUCACCGCCGGACGUAGGCAGGUCCUGCCUCCCUCCACGCGACGACUUCCCUCGCAGCCCACCGACGCUGCAAGCUCAGGCCCACUGGGUGGCUGACAGCGCGCACACCUGAGCCGGGAGCAUUGCACUCUGUUCACGCUCUGUGCUCGUGCACAGGGGACAAUGGCGGCUUCCUAUACUGUGCUGCAUACUGGGCAGAAGAUGCCCCUGAUUGGACUGGGCACCUGGAAGAGUGAGCCUGGCCAGGUAAAAGCAGCUAUUAAGUAUGCCCUGAGUGUAGGCUACCGCCACAUUGAUUGUGCUGCUAUCUACGGCAAUGAGGCUGAGAUCGGGGAGGCCCUGAAGGAGAAUGUGGGACCAGGCAAGGCAGUGCCUCGGGAAGAGGUUUUUGUGACAUCCAAGCUGUGGAACACCAAGCAUCAUGCCGAAGAUGUGGAGCCUGCCCUUCGGAAGACACUCGCUGACCUCCAGCUGGACUAUUUGGACCUGUACCUGAUCCAUUGGCCUUAUGCCUUUGAGCAAGGAGACAACCCCUUCCCUAAGAAUGAUGAUGGGACUAUCCGCUAUGACUCCAUCCACUACAAGGAGACCUGGAAGGCUCUGGAGGCCCUGGUGACAAAGGGGCUGGUGCGGGCGCUGGGCCUGUCUAACUUCAGUAGCCGGCAGAUUGAUGAUGUGCUCAGUGUGGCUUCUGUGCGCCCAGCUGUUCUUCAGGUGGAAUGCCACCCAUACCUGUCUCAGAGUGAACUGAUUGCCCACUGCCAUGCCCGAGGUCUGGAGGUGACUGCUUACAGCCCUCUGGGCUCCCUUGAUCGUGCUUGGCGUGAUCCAAAUGAACCUGUCCUGCUUGAGGAGCCAGUGAUCCUGGCGUUGGCUAAAAAGUAUAACCGAUCUCCAGCUCAGAUCUUGCUCAGGUGGCAAGUCCAGCGGAGAGUGGUCAGUAUCCCUAAGAGUGUUUCGCCUUCCCGUAUUCUUCAGAACAUCCAGGUGUUUGACUUCACCUUUAGCCCAGAAGAGAUGAAGCAGAUAGAUGCCCUGAAUAAAAAUUGCAGAUUCAUCAUACCCAUGCUUACGGUGGAUGGUAAGAGGGUCCCAAGAGAUGCCGGGCACCCUCUGUACCCUUUUAAUGAUCCAUACUGAGACCCACACAGCUUCCUGUCUUCCUUUCCAGUUCUCUAGCCACAAAGUCCUUCCAUCCCCAGUAAGAGGGAAUUAAUAAAGUCACUGGAGCAUC